AAAAAUGGACUCUGCAAAACGGGCUAAAGCUUUUAGCGAAAGAGAAAUUGAUAUUAUAACGGAUUUCAUGAAAACAAACAUUCAUAAGCUUAGAGCGAACCAUGGCUCGGGCGGUCCGGGCAUGGUUGCUCGAGUAAGAGAUAUUUGGGUUGAACUAUUAGCGGGGGUAAAUGCUUGCGGCAACGGCCCCAGGACUCUCCAACAAGUGAAAGAAAAGUGGAGAAAUAUGACAAAAAAUGCGAAAUCCGAGGUUUCUAGAGAGCGAAACCAUGCUGCCGCUACGGGGGGAGGACCGCCACUGCCCGAGAUGUCACAAACCUCGCAGGCGGUGGCGAGUCUAUUCGCCACCUCGGCCUCGUUUCACGGCAUAGUGGAGGACGCAGAUACCGUCAUCGCGGUAACUCCUCCAUCGCCGAAUUUCCUGGGGCUGCCCAUGAUGGAUUUUCUUACCGACAUGGACAUCCCAGAUCCCUUCGGUGUGGCGGAAACCGGUGAAGACAAUAAGUCGAAAACCAAGGAAAAAACUACCGCAACAUCUGUUCCAUCAGCCUCAACAGCCAGUGACAGAAGCAGAAAGAGGACUCUCAAAGAUGCCCAACUAGAGGCCCUGGAAAGCCAAUCAGAGAUGAGCAGGGCGGGGGCAGAAUGUUUUAGGAAAGUGGCCCGUCUUGCAGACUUUCUCAUUGCUAAAUUAGAAAAAAAAUAAAAAAUUAUUCUUGUUAAUGUUAUUUUACUGUUGAAUCUGUUUCUUUCGUUCAUUGAUUUGUUAAUAACAACAACAGUUAAUACAAUAUUAUUUAUUUUACUGUAUAUGUUAAUGUA